AUGUACUCGAAAUGGACGGGAACCCCUAUUAUCUAUUCCAAACUCCGUACAAGUUGGGACUCCGAGUCAACGACAACAUUCAUAAAUCAAUCUAAUAAAUUGGAUCCGGAGACUACCCUGUACACAAUCUUCUUUGUAAUUAACGAUUGGGGAGACUCCUUUGUGGACGGAAACCACCUACCACAAGCAGCACAAAAUAUCCUACGCCAGAUCACUCUCCUUUCUUCUCCGCCCACUAGUAAUGCCCGCAACUUCCUCAUCACUGACGCAUACGGCCGCGGGUGUCAUAACGCAUGGGGCGAAGCAUGGAUUCAAUCAAUUUUUGAUGGGCUUGCUGUGUUCCGCUCGCAGGAUCCCCCUCUGAAUGUUGCUUUUGCCAAUUUUGCGACGAUUUGGGAUGGUGUGCUUGGACCUGAUCCAGGCUAUGAGGCUUUUGGGUAUACAAACCCGGGUUCUUGUUUCAUCGAUGGUAAUACGUACGAUGACCCGGAACAUUAUUUCUAUUGGUUUGAUGGGUUCAUGGCGGACUACGUGGAAGAAGUACUGACGCAGUGUCGUGUAUAA